UCACUGCACGUGAGUGAAAUAUGUCAGCUAAGCCUAUUUACGAGGAAGACGCGAAAGGAUUGUUGUCAAAGUAUCUACAGAAUACUGAAUUCGUGAAAUGUCAGAACGCUGUGGUGACUGUAAGCGUGCAAUGGGAUGAUGUGAUCAGUAAAAACGAGUGGCUAAGGACUCAGAAACUGGUUGUAAAGCCUGAUCAGUUGAUAAAAAGACGAGGAAAGCUUGGAUUGGUUAAGGUUAAAGCUGAUUUGCCAGAAGUACAAGAUUGGAUUAAAGAGCGUUUAAACCAAGAAAUUCAGAUUGGGCAGACUAAAGGGAAUUUAAAAAGAUUCAUUAUUGAACCCUUUGUGGAACACAAACAAGAAGACGAAUAUUAUGUUUGUAUAUAUGCACAACGAGACUGUGAUACAAUUUUGUUUCACCAUGAAGGUGGUGUUGAUAUUGGUGAUGUUGAUAGCAAGGCAAAAAGGUUGGAUAUUGCAGUUGGUGAGACUGUUGAUGUAAACAAGAUUGAAAAUGAGUUAUUGGCAGAAGUCUCAGGGGAGAAGAAGAGGCUACUGGUGAACUUCAUAUCGUCUCUUUUUGCGACCUUUACUGAUUUGUACUUCACGUAUCUGGAAAUAAAUCCGCUUGUUAUUGUUGGCAAUGCCAUCCAUAUUCUGGAUGUUGCUGCAAAACUUGACCAAACUGCAGACUUCAUUUGUAAGCCAAAGUGGGGAGAAAUAACAUUCCCUCCUCCGUUUGGACGAGAAGCUUAUCCAGAGGAAGCGUUUAUUGCCAACCUUGAUGCUAAAAGCGGUGCAUCUCUCAAACUAACAGUUUUGAACAAAGCAGGAAGAAUUUGGACAAUGGUCGCCGGUGGUGGAGCUUCAGUUAUUUACAGUGAUACAAUAUGUGAGCUUGGUGGAGCAUCAGAGCUUGCAAAUUAUGGUGAAUAUUCUGGCGCUCCAACGGAAAGUCAAACUUACCAAUAUGCAAUGACUAUAUUAAAGUUGUUAGCUGACGGAGAGCCGAGACCAGAUGGUAAAAUACUCAUCAUCGGUGGAGGCAUUGCAAAUUUUACCAACGUAUCCGCGACCUUUAAGGGUAUUGUGAGAGCUCUUCAAGAAUACCAACGUCAAUUGAUCGAGCAUAAAGUGACUGUAUUCGUUCGUCGUGGUGGUCCAAACUAUCAAGAAGGUUUACGAGUCAUGCGAGAAGUCGGUGCGACACUUGGUGUUCCUGUGCAUGUAUUUGGUACAGAGACUCACAUGACUGCAGUGGUUGGUAUGGCUUUGGGUAAACGUGAAAUUCCCAAACAACUUGUGCUAGACUCGAACACCGCAGCUGAUAUGUUUUUUAAAUCUGCUGAUAAGGGCCCAGUCCUCGCUCAAACAAAACGCAUAAUCUCCGCAUCAGAUUUAAAAAAUAUGAAGUCGGCGAAAUCAGUUCAGGGUCCUAAUGUCAUGGAAACUGAACCUUUGUUUCAUAAUAUGACUCGAGCAAUUAUAUGGGGAAUGCAGUCAAGAGCUGUUCAGGGUAUGCUUGAUUUUGACUACGUCUGUGAACGUAACCUACCUUCUGUUGCGGCCAUAGUAUACCCAUUUAGUGGCAACCACAGAAUCAAGUUUUACUACGGUCAUAAAGAAAUCAUGAUUCCUGUGUAUAAAGAUAUGAAAGAAGCCAUGCAGAAGCAUCCUGAAGUUGAUGUGAUGGUGAAUUUUGCGUCGCUUCGAUCUGCCUACGAUUCCACCAUUGAAGCUUUAAACUUCGAUCAGAUAAGGUCUAUUGCCAUCAUCGCGGAAGGAAUUCCAGAAGCGAUGACGAGAAAACUAAAUAAGCAUGCUAAAGAAAAAGAUGUGACCAUAAUUGGACCUGCAACGGUCGGCGGAAUCAAACCAGGUUGUUUCAGGAUUGGUAAUACCGGUGGUAUGCUGGAUAAUAUCCUCGCGUCAAGAUUAUAUAGACCUGGAAGCGUUGCAUACGUUUCGCGAUCUGGUGGCAUGUCAAACGAACUGAACAAUAUAAUAUCCAGGACAACGGAUGGUGUGUUUGAAGGGGUGGCUAUUGGUGGCGAUAGGUAUCCUGGCACAACGUUUAUUGAUCAUGUUUUACGUUUUAACGAUCAUCAAGACGUGAAAAUGCUUGUUUUGUUGGGAGAGGUUGGCGGAACAGAGGAAUAUUUAAUAUGCGAUGCCAUUACGUCAGGUCGUAUUACCAAGCCAUUGGUAGCCUGGUGCAUUGGAACUUGUGGUACCAUGUUCACCUCAGAGGUUCAGUUUGGCCAUGCGGGAUCAAGUGCUCAUUCGGACAAAGAAACGGCCGUUGCUAAGAAUAAGGCUUUGAAGGCAGUUGGUGCUCAUGUACCAAGUAGUUUUGACAGUCUAUCUGAUAUCAUAAGGGAGGUAUAUGAUGACCUUGUUAAAAAUGGACGGCUCGUUCCAAAACCCGACAAAACCCCGCCAACGGUUCCAAUGGAUUACAGCUGGGCUCAGGAGUUGGGAUUAAUUCGUAAACCAUCAUCUUUCAUGUCAAGUAUUUGCGAUGAACGGGGAGCAGAAUUACUCUACGCCGGUGUUCCCAUUACAAAAAUAUUCGAGGAGGAUCUGGGAGUUGGCGGUGUGCUCGGAUUAUUAUGGUUUCAAAGAAGACUUCCAAAGUUCGCGUGUAAAUUUUUAGAGAUGUGUUUGAUGAUCACCGCUGACCAUGGCCCAGCUGUAUCAGGAGCACACAAUACCAUCGUUACUGCAAGAGCUGGUAAAGAUUUGAUGUCCUCACUUGCUUCGGGUUUGCUAACAAUUGGUGACCGUUUUGGUGGUGCGUUAGACGCAUCAGCCAAACAGUUUUCCGAAGGAUGUGACAGUGGAAUAACUCCAAUGGAAUUCGUAAAUAACAAUAAGAAAUGUGGAAAACUUAUCAUGGGCAUUGGUCAUCGUGUAAAAUCGAUCAACAAUCCCGACAAACGUGUUGUAAUAAUCAAGGAAUUCGCUUUGGAACAUUUUCCAUCAAAUGAUGUUCUAAACUUUGCUCUGAAUGUAGAGAAGGUUACGACAGCUAAGAAACCGAAUCUUAUUUUGAACGUCGAUGGCUGUAUUGCAGUUUGCCUGGUUGAUCUUUUGCGACAUUGUGGCUCCUUUACAAGAGAAGAAGCUGAUGAAUAUGUGUCCAUUGGAGCACUAAAUGGCUUGUUUGUGUUAGGACGGUCUAUGGGAUUUAUUGGUCAUUAUUUAGAUCAGAAACGAUUGGGACAAGGUUUGUAUCGACAUCCAUGGGAUGAUAUCACCUAUCUUCACCCUGAUCAUUUGCAGCAUCAAGCUGGAUUUGAAUGAACACGUUGUGAUGUAGACUGUGGGUGCAUUGAAUAUAGAUAUUAUAAUAAUAACUUUUACACCCGUUUUCAUGAGUUGAAAUAUGAAAUAUCAGAGACAAACCGUGAUGAACCGUGUUAAGUUUAGAAUAUAUUGAAUCGAAAUUAAAGUCCAAAUGCUGUUUAAAAGUUCAGUUUGAAAGUUUUAGCCGAAAACAACGCCAGCUGUCUGCUAUAAGCCCGCCUACGCCAAAACUUGUAGUCUUUAAUUUUAAAACGGGCGUAAAAUGUAUGAAUAUAGAGUUCUCUUUAGCUAUUAAACCUGGUUGCACCUUUU